GCGGCAUUGAGGCGGGAAUAGAGGGGACAUAAAAUCCCCACAAUACCGUUGACCCGGUUGCGUCGUCUCACAGAUUGCAUCCCGUAUUUAUUCUGCACAGUGAAUCUUGCUCACUUAAGCAACUCUGGUUUGGUGGACUUUGACUACUGACAUCAACGUUUUCUUUGCAUCAUGGCGGAACAAGAGUACAAGCUGCCGCAGGAGCAGAUCGACCAUUUUCUCGAACACGGCUGGAUCAAGUUGUCAGGUUGCUUUACGCGCGAGAAGUCAGCAGAGCUUCAAUCAGAAUUAUGGACACGGCUCGGUAUGGACCCGAACGACAUGUCGACCUGGGACACCAAGAACGAGGCAGGCCGCGUAAACAUGCCAAUCCACAGAUAUUUCCCCGCUGCCUCCGUCGCUCCCAAGGCCUGGGCCGCCAUCGGCGAACUCCUCGGCGGCGAAUCCAACAUCAACGACUCCGUCUCCAGCUGGAAAGACUCAUUCAUCGUCAACGUCGGCACGCCCCAAGGUGCAGGGAAAUACGUCAAACCGCAGGACUUGACCAACUGGCACGUCGACGGCGACUUCUUCGUGCACUACCUCGACUCCCCGGAGCAAGCGCUCCUCGUCAUCCCUCUCUGGUCCGACAUCGUGCCCAAUGGCGGCGGCACCAUCAUCUGCCCCGCGGGGAUCCCCAUCGUCGCAAAGCACCUGUACGAUCACCCCGAGGGCGUGUCGCCGCGCAUGACGUCCCGCUACGACAAUCCGACGUUCAAAUCAGAGGGCUCGGAUCUCAGCUUCUACAUCAACAUCGCGAAGCAGAUGCCCGAUGAGGCGUUUGUGGAGGUCACGGGCGAGGUUGGCGAUGUGUAUCUCCUGCAUCCGCUGAUGCUGCACAGCGCGAGCAACAACACCCUACGGAAGGUGCGGGUUAUUACGAACCCGCCUGUCAGCGUAAAGGAGCCGUUCAACUUCAACCGCGCGGAUGGGCAGUACAACGUUGUGGAGCAGAAGACGUUGAAGGCGCUAGGAAAGGAGAAUCUGGGAGGGUGGAAGAUCACGGCGGAGAGGCAGCUGAUUGUGCCGGAUAGUGCAAAAGUGAGGGCCGAGAUGAAGCGAUUGGAGGAGGAGAGGUUGGCGAAAAUGAAGGGGGUGCAGGUGAAGGCAGUGGAGGUGGGGUCGGAAGCUUAG